AUGAUCGCCAUGUUUUCCCGGCAGCGUAUAGAGCUGACAUCUGUCGGCGACGCCGAGCAACAGGGCAGCACGCAUCAGCUGUGUGGAUCUCGCAAGAAGAAGUUCAGCAGGAAAAUACGGAAAAUUCCAAAAGACCUGUUAGUAGCUGCAAGAUUUACAGAGAGAAUCAAGAAAGAACCAGAAGUACAAAUUGGGAUGGCUCUCGUUGUGAACUAUGUUGCUCCAUUUGCUGAGGAUUUUGUUCUUGAGCAGGAUCCUCUCAACAUUAAGAAAGAGGAGGAUUUGGAGGAUACAUCAUUAUCAAAUUUGGAAGUUACAAACAGCACUAAACAAGAAGCAGAAGUAACAUUUGAUGGGGAUGGAGCUGAGAAUUGUAAUAUGGAGGAUACAUCUACAAUUUUGGAAGUUACGAACGACAUCAAACAAGAAGCAGAAAUAACAUUUGAUGAGGAUGAAGUUCAGGAUUAUGUUCUUGAAGACCUGCUACCAGUUUCGGAAUGGACUAACAACAUUAAAAACGAGCCAGAAUUAACAAUCGACAAGGAUGAAAUGAAGAAUAAUGAUCUUGGUCGACCAUCAUCUUCAGAAUGGACUUAUAACAUUAAAGACGAGACAGAAGCAGCACUUGAAGUGGAUCGUGUUGAGGAUAAUGACAUGGUCUCAACAGAAUAUGCAUCAAAUACUACAUGGUCCAGCCAGAUUAUGGAAAAAUUCCCCAGCACUUCACGAGGAAAUGUUCUUCAAAAACUGAUACACGGUAAGCCGGAGACGGACCCGGAGACCUCGACACCCACUCUCAGUUGCGGCAUUCGACCCCAACAGAUUAUCUCAAAAAAGGACAGUGCCAUAAAUACAGAUAAGAACAGAUCACCACAAGGCUUCUAUGGUGUUUUUUGA